UUGCUUCUCACCCUCGGUAUCUUCAUCUAUCUUCAGAGGUGAUAGCUCGACUAGAGCGGAAAGCAGGCAGGCGUAGCCGGGCACAGAACUCACAUCGCACACGGGGGCAUUCCAACCAGAGUAUCAGACACCGAGAACCAAACGCGCAAUAACGCAAAGAUUCACAAUUUUGUGUUUAUUAUUUGGUUUCCUUGUACAGUGUUUCCCACUAUCCGGAAUUUUGGCACAGCGUUUUUUUUGCAAAGCAGUUGAAAGACGGGAGUAAGAGACCGUACCAAGCAAGACAAGUGUACCUUGGGAAAACAGAGACUUCGCUUUAGAAGCUCUUCUUUCAGGCUACACCCUACCCCUGGUGCUGAGUGGAAUGAGUGUAUGUGGCAGAAAGGCUCUGACCUUGCUGAGCAGCGUGUUCGCUGUGUGCAGCCUGGGGCUCCUGGGCAUCGCGGUCAGCACAGACUACUGGCUGUACCUGGAAGAGGGCAUCAUCCUGCCGCAGAACCAGAGCAUCGAGAUCAAGAUGUCCCUUCACUCCGGGCUCUGGAGGGUCUGCUUCCUCACAGAAACGGCGGCAACAGACAGAAUCUCCCCCUCUGCAAAACCAGGUGAGGAAAGAGCCCACUGUUUCACAAUAGAAUACGUCAUGCCGAUGAAUAUACAGAUGAUGUCAGAAUCUACAGUCAGUGUGCUAAAAAUGAUCCGCUCGGCUACCCCCUUCCCUCUGGUCAGCCUCUUCUUCAUGUUCAUCGGGUUCGUUCUGAACAGCAUCGGGCACAUCCGUCCUCACAGGACCAUCCUGGCCUUCGUGUCUGGAAUCUUCUUCAUCCUCUCAGGUCUGUCCUUAGUUGUUGGGCUGGUGUUGUAUAUAUCCAGCAUCAAUGAUGAGGUGUUGAACAGGACGAAGGACAACGAAGCCUACUUCAGCUAUAAGUACGGCUGGUCUUUCGCCUUCGCUGCCAUAUCCUUCUUGUUGACUGAGAGCGCGGGGGUGAUGUCUGUGUACCUGUUCAUGAAACGAUACACCGCGGAGGAGAUCUGCAGACCUCAGCCAGGCUUCUACCGGCCACGGCUCAGCAACUGCUCCGAUUACUCUGGUCAGUUCCUGCACCCGGACUCCUGGGUACGAGACCGCAGCCCCUCGGACAUCUCCAGCGACACUUCACUCCAGAUGAACUCCUCCAACUACCCUGCCCUGCUCAAGUGUCCCGAGUACGACCACAUGUCGUCCUCCCCUUGCUGAGGCGCAGGAGCAACAGCACUUGCAUCCAGUAUUCAGAGGGUCUCCGCUCAACACGUUUUACAAGCAACGCAAAAAGGUGCAGCCUCGGAGAGGAAGCCUUUUUGCUUAUCCAAUAUACAUGUAGUUUUCCUAUUUC